AUGGACGAACUACCCGGCCAUCUCAAUCAGCGAGCAUCAGACACUAUCGCCCAUGUUGCCGCACCGGGCGGACAGGAAGCGCCAGUAUCUCCCCGGAAGAGAGAACAUGCGAGCGGCAUGGAUCAUGAGAGUCAUAGCUUAGGGAUUGAGAAGCUUCAGCAAAGCAGACCGAUGGAAUCGCGUCCUGCGGAUAGCGGGGACCGUGCCAACGGCACAUUAAGCCGAAAUAUGCAACGUGGAGGAUCAGCAACAUCGGAUACUAUGAGUACUCAGGAGCGGAGCAAUAGGGAGGAAGCUGUACACCGGUUUGGUGCGCUUGUCAGCGACCACGAACUAAAUAGGUUCCCCAGCCAACCCACAGUGAACGGCGACCAGAAAAGCGGUCAGCCUGCACUUCCAUCAGACCAGGCCCUAGGAAUGGUCUUCGAACACUCGUUGGAGGGUGCGGACAGUGCAGAUCAUCGUACGACACCAAGGACCUCCUUAGUGGAUGUUUUUGAAGGUUCCGACGUGGCUUCCGUCUUCCAUCGCUGGUCGCGAAACACAUCACCUGUCAGGAACCAAGAUAAGGAGCAGGAGCGGGUAGUGAAGCUAUCUCCGGCCAGGAUGCAGGAACUCGCAUCAUCCCCUCAGUCUAUUCCUUAUCGUGCAGCACCCCCGGAAUCAGACCAUGGUCGACGUGCAGUGUCAGAUGGCAUGCAUGCAGCGAUCUCCCCAUCGCAGCCUGACCAAUCUGCAACUCUUCUACCGAGCGAGCAGAAAGUAACCGGCGAUAGCGUUCCCAAACUUCGUCCCAACAAAGAUCUUGCUAUCGACGUCUCUGCUGCAACGGCAGCCAAGCAACCUGUUCGGAGUCGGCCGCAAGGCUCUCGGGCUGUUUCUACUCCCAAUUCGCGACGGCAAACCAUGCCGACGACUAGCGAACGACUGACGCAGACCUGGACGUCUCGGGGGAAACAAGAGCGCGCUUCUCUCAGCCGAGAGUCAGAUGGAAAGCACCUUACCCCGUCGCCACACAUCACUGGCACUGAGCCUGCUCUACCGUCCCCUAUGCCCCCAACCAUUCCUCUCCCUCCGUUGUCUGUUCCGACAUACCUACAAUUAGAACUGGCCUCAGGUCGGCCGUCUCCACUAUACAUUCAUCGCUCUGCAAUGAGCGAUUUCCCAUAUGAAUCUUCUCGAGUCAAGCUUGAACGCCUAAUGAACUUUUUGAUGUUGCCUCCCGCAUUGGAACGGGUUCUCUGGUUCGGUAUAUUAGCGUGUCUCGAUUCCUGGUUGCAUACGUUUACCAUUCUUCCUCUUCGUUUUGUCAAAGCAUUGUACAUUCUCUUGGAGUCUUGGGCUGUCAAUCUCGGCGUUGAGUUUCGUUAUGUGACAGGAUUCAUUUUCAAAGAUGACAAGGCUGACAUCCUUAAAGGACUGCUCAUUAUAGCUACCUGCUGUGUGUUAAUGCGCUUCGAUGCAAGUCGGAUGUAUCACUGGAUCCGAGGACAGGCUGCGAUCAAACUUUAUGUUAUCUACAAUGUGCUAGAGGUCAGCGAUCGGCUAUUCGCUGCCAUUGGACAAGACGUGCUUGAGUGUCUGUUUUCGCGCGAAGCUCUCGAGCGUCGCCCGGACGGACGCAGCAAGGUCUUCCGACCAUUCGGACUGUUUUUGCUGGCAUUGGCAUACACAGUCAUCCACGCAACGGCCCUCUUUUAUCAGGUGAUGACCUUGAACGUCGCGGUGAAUUCGUAUUCGAACGCGCUUAUUACUCUGCUGCUCUCGAACCAGUUUGUCGAGAUCAAGUCCACAGUCUUCAAGAAAUUCGAGAAGGAAAACUUGUUCCAACUUCUCUGCGCAGAUGUGGUUGAACGCUUCCAGCUCUGGUUGAUGCUUACCAUCAUCGCGUCGCGUAACCUUGUCGAGACCGGAGCGUUCAACGCCCUUGUGAACACGUAUUUGCCGACACUCGCACAGGUCUUAGGGCCGUUCCUGGUUGUUUUAGGGUCGGAAAUGCUAGUGGAUUGGCUAAAACAUGCCUAUAUUGGCAAAUUCAACAACACACGACCAGCCAUCUACGGGCGGUUCCUGGAUAUCCUGGCGAAAGACUACUACACCAACGCCUUUGCAGACCAGAACCUGACCCGCCGUUUAGGUUUGCCGGUGAUUCCACUAUCUUGCCUCUUCUUCCGAGUCUCCGUCCAAACAUACCAGAUGUUCAUCACAGCCUUGCUUCCUCAACAGCCCUCCUCCACAGCGGUAGAGGCCACCACCCUAUCCGCCAUUCACAGCCAGUAUGUGCCGGCUCCAAUGCCCUCACCACCUCCAUUGACGCUACGAAACUUCAUCCCGACGUCAACCGCAUACGCGGGUGCCUUCUUCCGCCAGCUUCUAGCCAACACCAUGCCGUCACCAGCCCAAUCAGUAUACAUCUUCACCAUAG